GCCACGUGAACGCUAUCCGACGGUACAGCAAAGAGGAAAAAGGAAUAACCCCGAAAUAACCCGGGUCCAAUGAAUUCGACAUCUCUCCAAAUCCGGCCACCUGUUUUCACCGCUUACUGCGCCUCUCCGGCUCCGUCCAAUGGGAGCGGACGGCAGGUCUGGAGGCGGAGAAAUCAGGCGGAGAAGUUGGAGGAGAGAGUGAGAGACAGAUUGGGAGAGACAGCGAGCUUCAGAUUGAGUGUCAGUCGGCGGAGUCGCAUCUUAAAUCUGUCUCAUCUGAGCGCCGAGCGUCUUUUUUUUUAGUAUUAUUUUUUGCGUUCCGCUUUUUACGCACGUUUAUUUCGUGUGCGUGUGUGUGACGCGCAGCCACAGGUUGAGCGAUUAUCAUUUUGUUGGCGCUUUGUUUUUGUUUUUUGUUUUUUUCCAGUCCGUGGAUUAUUCCUCCUCAUCUGGUGUCGACUGUCACCGGAUCAAAAUGGGCUCCAUCGAUCCGUCGGCGGUGAUCGGGGAGGAAGACGCGAACUGAUCCGCACAAGUGAGCGCGGAGGGAGGCAACAUCUGUGGGGAAGCGACGCGCAAAAAAAUCUCCCGAGAAGAGAGAGAGAGGGAGAGACAGGCGGAGGACCUGUGGAAGGAGCUGCACGCAUGAGAGGAGACGGAGCCACCACAACAUCAUGAUGGGAUGGCCGUGACAACAUGAAAAAGAAAAAGUGCGCUCUUCAUCCAGCCAGCGAUUCGAGACAACCACCGUGGGGGACCGGCAGGGACUGAGAGAGGAGGUCGGAGACAGGUGCAUGAGCAUGGAGCCUCCCCCUUCUCUGAGCCUGGCUCUGCUGGGAGGCAGCGAGGACGAGGACCAGCGCUUCCUCCUUCCUCUGGGCAGCAUCUCCCACCCGACCGCCGCCGUCGCCAACCAGCCCGGCUCAAACCACUCCAACCACAUGGGAGGGUCCAGCCUGGACCGUCUGAACGGCAGCACCCCGUCCCCGUCGCCCGCCACGCCCAACAUGCCCCCGUCGUCGCUGCCCAAGCUGCCCCUGUCGUCCUCCGGAGCCCAGCCUCUGCCUCCGUCCAUCCCCAACGCCCUCCACCCCACCAGCACGCCGCUGUCCUCCUGCCUGGGCUCCCAGCACAGCCUGAGUGGAGACAACCCGCCCAUCUACAACGCCCUCUUUUACUCCUCCCACUCACCCUCCAUGGACCGGGAACGGGAUCGGGAGCGUGAUCGGGAUCGAGACCGGGAUCGGGGCUGCAAGCACCGGCAGGCCAGUCCUCUGGUGCACCGCCGGGACAGCAACCCGUUCACGGAGAUCGCCAUGAGCUCCUGCAAGUACACCGGUGGGGUCAUGAAGCCGCUGAGCCGCCUCAGCGCCUCCCGCAGGAACCUCAUCGAGUCGGACAGCAGCAGCGAAACCAAAGAGGGCGGCGUUUCUGCUGUUGCCGGGGCGACGGGCGGACAGCGGGAAGCCCCUCCCACCUGCUCGGUGACCCAGUCCUCGUCCACCAACCAACCGGCCAUCCAGAGUCCUCCGGAGAUCGUGAUCUCGUCCAAAGAAGACUCGCCGUACCCCCGGGCCGGGUACGACAUCACCGACUCCACGUCCAACCAGAUGUCCAUCUACCACCAGAACCACGCGCUGGUUGAGAGCCGGCGGGCGCAGUCGGUUCGGGGCAGCCGGCAGGGUGGGGUCGGUGCACCGGGCGCCGGGCCCCGGGGCAGCACCUCCAAGGCCUCCAAACGGAAGAACCAAAACAUUGGCUAUAAACUGGGGCACCGCAGGGCGCUGUUCGAGAAGAGGAAGAGGCUGAGCGACUACGCCCUCAUCUUUGGGAUGUUUGGCAUCGUCGUCAUGGUGAUCGAGACGGAGCUGUCCUGGGGCGUUUACACCAAGAGCUCCAUGUAUUCUCUGGCCCUGAAGUGUCUGAUCAGCCUGUCCACCGUCAUCCUGCUGGGCCUCAUCAUAGCCUACCACGCUCGGGAGGUUCAGCUGUUUGUCAUCGACAACGGAGCCGACGACUGGCGCAUCGCCAUGACGAUGGAGAGGGUUCUGCUCAUCGCCCUGGAGCUGCUGGUGUCCGCCGUGCACCCGGUGCCCGGCGACUUUAAGUUCCAGUGGCGGGCUCGGCUGGCCUUCUCGUACGCGCCCUCGCAGGCCGAGGCCGACCUGGACAUGGUGCUGAGCGUGCCCAUGUUCCUGCGCCUCUACCUCAUCGCCAGGGUCAUGCUCCUGCACAGCAAACUCUUCACCGACGCCUCUUCCCGGAGUAUAGGUGCCCUAAAUAAGGUCCAUUUCAACACACGGUUCGUAAUGAAAACCCUCAUGACCAUCUGCCCCGGGACGGUGCUGCUGGUCUUCAGCAUCUCUCUGUGGAUCAUCGCCGCCUGGACCGUUCGAGUCUGUGAGAGGUACCACGACGCCCAGGACGUGACCAGCAACUUCCUGGGCGCCAUGUGGCUCAUUUCCAUCACCUUCCUGUCCAUCGGCUACGGAGACAUGGUUCCUCACACCUACUGUGGCAAAGGAGUGUGUCUGCUCACGGGCAUCAUGGGAGCCGGGUGCACGGCUCUGGUGGUUGCCGUGGUAGCCAGGAAGCUGGAGCUGACCAAGGCCGAGAAGCACGUGCACAACUUCAUGAUGGACACGCAGCUCACCAAGCGGAUAAAGAACGCAGCGGCCAACGUGCUGAGGGAGACCUGGCUCAUCUACAAACACACCAAGCUGAUGAAGAAGAUCGACCACUCCAGAGUCCGCAAACACCAGCGGAAGUUCUUGCAGGCCAUACACCAAUUACGCAGCGUGAAGAUGGAGCAGAGGAAGCUCAGCGAUCAGGCCAACACGCUGGUGGACCUGUCAAAGAUGCAGAGCGUCAUGUAUGAGCUGAUGUCGGAGCUGAACGACCGCAGCGAGGACCUGGAGCGUCAGAUGUUGUCCCUGGAGCAGCGGGUGGAGCAGCUCACCGCCGGCUUCAACGCCCUGCCCGCCCACCUGUCGGCCACGCUGAGCGCCCAGCACGCCGCCCUGGUGCACCUGCUGCGGGAGAGGGACGUCCGGGACGGCCGGGGAGGCGGCGGGGGAGCCGUGGUGCCGCUGUCCCCGUCUUUGACCGCGGCGGCUCCGGUUUCUCCGGUGCAGGUGGCCGCCGUCGUUCCCUCGCCGCCCCCGGUUCAGGUCGCCGCUCUGGCCUUGGAGUCGCCGCUGUCGCCUCCUCCGCCCCUGAGUCCCGAGGGCAGUCUGGAGGCCACCCCUAACACCUGCACCUCCAGCUGCUGAGGACGAACACAGGAUUAAAAACAGGGAGAGAGGAGGAAGGAGGAGAUGUGCUCCGAUCCUCUCAGACUAGCGAGGAGGACGGAGGAAACGCGAGGCGAUCCUCUGAACCUCCGCAAGGGAGGAAGAGGAGGAGGAAUGGGAUUAAGAUGGAGGACCGUGAUGAGCGAUGAGACAUGUUAGGGACUUUGUGGCGCUUUUCCUUGACGAAGGCAGUGGAAGAAAAAUGGAGAUAAAAUGGAGACUCUAAAAGGUGUGAGGGGGAGGAAAGAUGUCUGGAGGGUGAGAAAUGGCGAGGAGGGGAAACGGAGAGGAGGAGAAACAACGAAGAAUAAUUACACGAACUCCGAAAUGGAAUCCACUCCUAUUACUGAAAAAGGCCUUUUAUUCUCUCUCUCUCUCUAGUCUUUUUCUCUCUUUCUCUCCCCUCUUUCCUUCCCCCUCUCCCAAUCUCCCUUCAUCAGGAAUUAAUGACCAUGACUUUUUAUCCUUAUGAUGUAUUUUCUAUCUGAAUGCUAAUUGUGUGUUAACGAGCAUCCCUUUAACAGAAGGUUCGAUCAAUACGACCAUAAAAAAAAAACUAGUGGCAAACACCGCACAUGUACACGCAGAUUACAGAACACAAGAGAUGCCAGUACAACCCUGUGUGAUACCGCUUUAAUGUUGUGUUAGGAGGAAUUACAUCACCUCUCAAUAAUCACAUUCGCUCUAAGCGGAACAGUCGAGUUUUUCCUCUUGUGAACGAGCAAAAACAAACACCCAUGCAGGCCACAAAGUGGAAAGUCAGUGCUGUGAAACUAUACAAACAUGGUUCUAAAGUGAGCUGUAAACAUCAGAACUUUCUCAGUUUUUUGGGCCCAUGGACUGUAUCUGUAGCUGGGUUUCCAUUACAGUUUUUCGCAAAAUAAAAGCGAUAUUUCGCUUUGAACGUGUUUCCAUUGAAGGUUGUUCUGGACAGAAGCAUCUUAACUCGUAAAAUAUCAUCCCGCGAGAUUUCACUGCAGGAAGAUGGACGUUUCUAUCUCCUUCUAACACUGCAUUCCUCUGCUGUUUGCUGUCUAGUAUGCCAGUGAUGUUUUUCUCAAGAAUAAUGGCAAGAAAAGUCUCGUGCUGUGUCCGCAAUCUCAUACUAAUGUACUACAUACUACAUUCUCAAUGAGUAUAUACUGUAUACUAUGUACUAUAAGUAUGAUUAGAAUGCCAACCGUUCACACUGUAGUAUACUACUACAUUUCCCAUAAUGCAUUUCAAACCUCCAACAACAAAAACCGGAAGUACGGCUAUCAAAUAUUUCGGCUGAAUGCCGGCUUCAGGUCGAUUUUACGCUAACCAACAGUCGCAUAAUUAAUGUGGCAAUUCCAAGCCGGCACUCCUCAUGCAGUUAUUAACCAGAUUAUGCGAAUCGUUUCAAUUGUAGCUGCAGGCUACUGGAGGUAGCUGCUGCUUGUUCUUUAUGCAAAGCGAGCUGCUGCAACUAGCUGCUAGCAUUCAGUAGCACGUUGUGAGGCGUCUGACAAAUUUAAAACGUUGGUCAGAAAACGGCUAUUUCUCAAAUCUGUGGGGUGAUUAGGAUGACUACUUAACCACAUAAAAUAAAAUAAAAAUCGCCCCGGUCCGGCCACAUAUCCCGCGGAGGCUUGCAUUUUGGUGGAUAGCUCGCAAAGCAUUAUGGGGCGGUUGAGUAUGACUAGUGUGGUCACCGCGCAUACUUAAAAUUUUUCCGGAUAUAGUAUACAUCCGGGUAUUUCUCGCGUACUCAGUCUUUUCAUACUAUCUAAUGUGAACGCACUACAUACUUAUUUUGACGUCACACUUAGUAUGAAUAGUACGUUAGUAUGUGAUUUCGGACACAGCCUCGGUCUCCUCUUCUGUCCACACGUACCGCGCCAUGUUUGCUCCGAGAGAACUGGUCAUGUGACCAGCUACGUCACGUCUGAUGACGUAUAAUUGCUGAAAAAGUGUUUCCGUUGCGCUUUUGCGAUAUUUUUCAAUAUGGAAACGUCUGAAAAUCCACCUCAUGAGAGCGUAAAAACUUUUUAGCGAUAUUUUAGUCCUUUUUUGAAAUUCAGGUGUUUCCAUUACCAGUUUUUUUUAUUGCGCUAUUUACAUUUUGCACAUAUCUAAGGGUAACGGAAACACAGCUUGUGUCUGCAUCAUGGCUCCACAUGGAAAGGAAAUGUUAAAGGAAAUGAAAUAUCUGAUUGUGGGACUUCUCAAAGAUGGAAGAUGAUCCAGUAGGAUCAGCUAAAGCGAAGCCGCAGCAGCAAUCAGGAGGUGAAGGAGUCAUAGUACCACUAAUCAUGACUGCAGUGGUUGUCCUCCUAAAAUGACUCCACAGGCAGUGAACUACUUCAACAAUCCAGCUGUAAAAAACAGACAACAGCUGCUUCAGGUUUAGUACAGGAGUUAUCAAUGAAAAUCAGAGUUUCUAGAAAGUUCAGACAGUGAAGAACAUCAACCUCUAUGGACGGAGGACAAGAAAGAGUUUUUUGGUUCAAAAAGACAAGUUAUACGGAGCUAAAACGCAUGAAAAGAAGCCUGAUGGAUGUUGGAGAACAUUCUUUGGUCAGAUGAAGAUAAAUGAGUUCAGAUGGAGUCCAGCAUGUUUGGUGUGAACCUGACCAGGACUACCACAGUGGAUGCAUGGUCCUGACAGUGAAGAACGGAGGUGGAAGUGUGAUGAUAUGGGGAGAUGACAUUUAUAGAUGAAAGUCUGAGGAUAAACCAAAAUACUGGCUGACUAGAUGACUCCCAGUCUGUGGAAGCUGAAAGAAGCACAAAAUUAAACAGUUUCUGGAGGAAAAACUACGACUUGGACGAAUAUGUGGCCUGACUUAACCCUCGUGUCGUCCUGCAGGUCAAAAUUGACCCGUUUUAAAGUUUGAAAAUGUGGAAAAAAAAUACAUUACCCCAGUGACACUUCUGAUGUCCACAUUUUCAACAUUUUUGGGAAAUCUUUAAACAUUUUUUGGUAGGAAAAAAAGAAAUGUAAAAAAUGUUUCGUAAGAACAUUGACAAAAAAAUCAACCAAAAUGCAGCGAAUUUCACUGGAUUUUGGUUGAUUUUUUUUGUGAAUGUUCUUAAAGAAAAUAGAAGUUUUACUGAUAUUUAUGUAAUCACUUUAGAUAUUUUUAGGAUUUUUUUUGAAGAUUUUUACUCACUUUUUAAAAAAAUUUAGAAGAAUUUUCUUGCCAAAUUUGGGGAUUUUUAAAAAAAAUAAAUAAAGCAAAACUUAAGGAAUUAUUGGAAUUUUCUUCCUGAAGGUUUUGCAAAUUUUCGCAAAUUUGGUGAAUUUUUUUUUUGCAGAAUUUUUUUCGGACAAGGAAACAAUAUUUUUUUUUGGUGCCCGUAAAUGAAGACAACAAGAGGAUUAAACCCAAUGGAACAACUUUGGGGUGUUUCAAAGAGGAAAUUAGAGCAACACAACCCCUCCAGCAAAGGUAGACGAAGGUUUGAAUCUCAGUAAUGCAUCUCUUUUAGGAUAUAGUCAAUCUGAACUGUCUGCUGUUCAACUUAGAGGUGAUCUGAUUGCUGCAAAGUGGUGCAAUUUAGACUCAUGUGACGUCUAAGUGAUAUUACACGGGGUUUGUACUCGCUUCUUCACGGCACAAACACCAAACAACACAACGUCGCCCUAUUUGCGCUCACACCAACACAUCUGAUGCACUAAGCCCACCUGACGAUACUAAAGCCUAUACUGCCAAGCACUUGAUGCACUCCGUAGAGCACUGCCAAGCAAUGUUAGACACAAAAAAAACGACAAAAAAACUGUCCGCCUAGACGACUUCUCUCCUGUGGGCGCGAGCUGAUGCAGUAGUUUAGACUUUCAGUGCGUAGUUGUGACAUUUUAAGCGCUCGCCUGCAGGAAUCUGUAGCUCCAGAUGUGAACCAAGCGUUUGUGAGAGGUGAAAUAACUACAGCAGGACUUUAUUACUGCAUUCACACAAUGAAAUGAAGUUUACGUUCAUGCCACCAAACAGGAAAUUAAUAAUUACUCGUCCAUGAAUGUCCGGGUGGUUGCUGACGGAAGAUUAAAACACAAACGAAUCGACGCUUUGCACAAAGGUUUGCUCAGUUUUACCCCGACAGAUCGUCUAAACUUUGUCCAACGUAAUAAAUCAUCUGCUUUGCUUUUCUUUUCUUUUUUAUUUACUUAAAUCAAUCCGAGCUGCGACGAUUAAUCAAGUCGCUGUGGGUUAAGUUACUUACCGGACAGACUGAUCAAUUUAUUUCAAUUGGUCAGAACAAAAAGUCACGAAAAGGAACUAAAUCUUGCAGUAAAUCCAACUUUCAUCAAGGUUUUAAUUUCUGUUUUAUUGCACAGCCUCAAGCGUUAAUCAAUGUAGCAAUUAUUUAAUCAGUUUGAGUAUUUUUUAAAGAAAUAAAACUCACUAAAAUGAAUUAAUCUUGCGCUAAAUCGAUUAGUUCUCACCUGUUGUAAUCGCCAACCUUUUUGCUAAUUAUUUAAUCAGUUUGAGUCAUUUUUAAAGAAAUAAGUCACGAAAAUGAUCUAAAUCUUGCAGUUAAUUCCACGUUCAUCAAGGUUUUGAUGCUCAUUUUUUUUAGUUUCAAACAUAAAUCAGUCAGUUCUUAGCUGUUGUAAUCAACUUUGCUAACAUUUAAUCAGUUUUAGUCAUAUUUUAAGGACAAAAAGUGUAAAUUUCUAGAUUCCACCUUCUUAAAAGUGAAUAAUUUCAGAUUUUUCUGCCUCGCUAUGACAGUAAACUGAAUAUCUUUGUAAUCUUGGACUUUGGGAAACACUGAUGGACAUUUUAUUGACUUUUUCUGAUAUUCUAUCAACCAAAAAACUAAUCGAUUAAUCAAGAAAAUCAUCUCCAGUGAAAAUUAUCAAGAAUUGCUUGAAUGAGCUGUCAUAAUCACCAACUAUAUAGAUAAUUAUUUAAUCAAUUUGAGUAUUCUUUAAAGAAAUAAAACUCAUCAAAAUGAACUAAAUCCUGCAGUAAGUUCAACUUUUAUCAAGAUUUUAUUGUCAGUUUUAUUACAUAGUUUUAAACGUAAAUCGAUUAGUUCUUAGUUCUUGUAAUCACCAACUGUUUUGCUAAUUAUUUAAUCAGUUUGAGUCAUUUUUAAAGAAAAAAAUCACUCAAAUGAGCCCAGUCUUGCAGUAAAUUCAACUUUCAUUGAGGUUUUGAUGCUCUUUUUACUGCACAGUUUCAAACAUGAAUCGAUUUGUUCUUAACUGUUGUAAUCAACUAUUUAGCUUUUAAUUAGCUAAAUAGUUGAGUAAUUUUGAAAGAAAAAUAGUCGAGAAAAUGAACUAAAUCUCGCAGUUAUGAAGAUUUUAAUGUUUAUUUUCAUUUAACUGCAAAGAUUAACCAAAUAGUUCUCAGCUAUCACCAACUGUUUUCCUGUAAUCAGUUUGAGUAAAAAAAAAAAAAGUGAAUGUUUGGAUUCUGGCUUCUUCAAUGUGAAUAUUUUCUGGUUUCUUUCCUCCUCUGUGACACUAAACUGAAAGAUAUUUAACCAGCCGUUUAUCAUGUUUGCAUUUUUCACCGUUUUCUGACAUUUUAAGAUCCAAACAACUAAUCAAUCAAUGCAGAAAAUAAUCGACAAUAAACAUGAUAAUUAGCUGACGUGUAGAGCUGCAACAACUAAUCUGUUAAAUCAAUCAACUGUUUGUCAUCUUGAUCUUUGCUGACAUUUGUCUCCUUUUUCUGAUAUUUUAUAAGAAAAGCUGUUAAAACUAACCAUCCUGUUUAUUAGUCUGAGUUUAAGUCGGUCUAAAUUUCAAAUAUCUUAUAUAUAAUUCUAUAUAUAUCUUAUAUAUAAUUAUUUUCUGGUUUCUUACAGUGUUUCCGGUUUCUUUCCUAAUUUGUGACAGUAAACUGAAUACCUGUAAACAAGACAUUUGUCGUGUUGGAAACACUGACAUUUUUCACCAUUUUCUGACAUUUUUCACUAUUUUCUGACAUUUUUCACCAUUUUCUGACAUUUUUCACCAUUUUCUGACAUUUUCCCACCAUUUUCUGACAUUUUCUCACUAUUUUUUGACAUUUUUUAACCAUUUUCUGAUAUUAUUUCUCUAUUUUCUGACACUUUUCCAUAAUGUUCUGACAUUUUCUGACAUUUUCUCACUAUUUUCUGACAUUUUUUUUGCCAUUUUCUGAAACUUUUUAACCAUUUUCUGAUAUUAUUUCUCUAUUUUCUGACAUUUUUCAAUAACUUUCUGACAUUUUCCCACUAUUUUCAGACAUUUUCCACCAUUUUCUGACAUUUUCCACCACUUUCUGACAUUUUUUCACUAUUUUCUGACAUUUUUCCACAAUUUUCUGAUAUUUUCUCACCAUUUUCUGACAUUUUACCAUAAUUUUCUGGCAUUUAUUCGCCUGAAAUGAAAAUACGUUGCAGCUCUACUGAGAUGCUGUGUUGUUUUACUUUGGUUCUCUGAACAAAAAUAUGUACCUAAAAUAACAAAAGUGCUGAAUUUAACACUGAUUUAGCUGUAUCACUGUAAGCUGACAGUAUUUUCUCACAAAACAGCACAGAUAUCAGAGUUUUACUAACUUUAGGAAGCUUUAAACAUAUGUUCUACAUCUUGGAUAGUCCAGCUAGUUUGAUUCUACAUUAAUCAGGUUGAUUGUUUUUCAUUAAAGCAAAAACAGUCUAAAUUUUGGGAUUGGAGCUUCUUAAAUGUGAAUAUUUUCUGGUUUCUUUCCUCCUGAAUGACACUAGACUGAAUAUAUUUAAUAAGACAUUUAUCAUCUUGGCUUUUAGGGAAACACUAAUUGUAAUUUUUAACAAUUUUCUGAUGUUUUAUAGACUAAACAAGGCAUCAGUUAAUAAAUCUAAAUACAAAUAUUAAAUAUUCUGUUGCUGACUGAGGCGUAAAGUUGCAACGAUUAAUUAAUGAGCUGCCAGCUUAAAUGAGUCUCAAACUAUUUUAACAAUCAGUUAUUGCUUUGAGGUGUUUUUAUUUAAGAAAAAAGGGUUUGAAUUUGAAAUCGCAGCUUCUUAAAUAUGAAUAUUUUCUGAUUUCUUUUCUCCUUUAUGACAGUAAGCUGAGUAUCUUUAACAGGACAUCUCUCAUGUUGGAAACAAUGACAUGUUGAGCCAUUUUCCGAUUUUUCCCCCCCACCAUUUUCUGACAUUUUUUCACUGUUUUCUGACAUUAUAUUAACCAAAAACUCGUGAUCAAUCAAGAAAAUCACCUGAAAUGAGAAUAACGAUGAGUUGCAGCUCUACUGAGAUGCUGUGUUGUUUCACUUCCAUUCAAAUCGUCCUUAAAAUGACAAAAAAAAAACAUGCUGAAUUUCCCUUACGCUGGAGUGAUAUUUUGCGGGUUUCGUCCUACUGCCGUCCAGUAUGGAGUCACAGGGGUGCCACAUAAAAAUAUAAAUAAAUAAAUAAAUAAAUGUGGAAAUAUAAAGAGAAAUAAAUAACUAAAUAAAUGUGGAAAUAUAAAGAGAAAUAAAUAAAUAAAUGUGGAAAUAUUAAGAGAAAUAAAUAAGUGUGGAAAUAUAAAGAGAAAUGUGGAAAUAUAAAGAGAAAUAAAUAAAUAAAUGGAAAUAUAAAGAGAAAUAAAUAAAAAGGAACAUUUUGUCUUUGCUUUUACCUUUUGUUUUUUUCCUUUAUUUCUCUUUAUAUUUCCUUAUUUAUUUAUUUAUUUAUUUCUCUUUAUAUUUCCACAUUUAUUUAUUUAUUUCUCUUUAUAUUUCCACAUUUAUUUAUUUAUUUCUCUUUAUAUUUCCACAUUUAUUUAUUUAUUUAUUUCUCUUUAUAUUUCCACAUUCGUUUAUUUCUCUUUAUAUUUCCACAUUUAUUUAUUUAUUUAUUUAUUCAUUUAUAUUUUGAUGUGGCACUCCUGUGACUCCAUAGUCCAGAACAGCUCACUGUUAUCAUGAAUGUAAAGAAACACGCUGAAAAGAAAACCACUCCUGCUCGCUCGAUCACUUCCACUGCCACACACACUCACACACACACACUCACACACACAGAUGCACACACACCUCAACAACCAAAGUGCUCUCUCUUAAAUGGACUUCAAUAAGAGGCUGCUGUCGCCGGGGACGACAGAUAGCAGGGGGAGGCGUGGCGGAGUGUCUUGACAAUGUUUCCGAGGGAAUAACUGUGAAGAAUGUGACUUGUUAGAGUGCUGCACACGGACGACAGAAAGGUGGCGGACACAAAUAAAAACCUUACAAAAGGAGACAUGGCCAUGGAGGAAUGAAUAAAGAACACAUGAUGGAGGAGGAGGAUGAGGAGGAGAGACAAUAAAUGAAAACUGUGUUAUAGCGACACGCUGUGGCCGGAAUACUGAAUUACAUACGCUUGGAAUAUUGUACAGUAAAUGCUGUUAACGAAACUCUAGCUUUGUAUUGCUUAGUCUUUUUCUACCAUUACGAUUAAACGCAGUUAGAGCCGAUAUCUUACAUUAUUAUGAUUAUUAUUAAACUCUAGUAUUCUUCUCAUUCGUCAUGACAAUUAUGAUCUAUGUAUUAUCGACACGUUAGAUAAUUAUCAACGAGGAAAGUGCCGUUUGAGGUUGAAAUUAUUUUGUAAUUUUAUUUUAUCAGAGAGAAUUAAUAAAGUAUAUAUCUAUAACAUUC